AUGAAGGACUACAAGCGUGUUUGCUUAUGGCUCAACACGAGUCAAUUCUACAAGCCAUUUGCAUGUCUCCCUGUUUCCUACUCACUGAGGAUCAUCCAUGUGGAGAAAUGCAGGCAAGAAAAAGAAAUGAAUUGCUUUGAGCUGUCUAAUCUGCGAUGAUCGUAUUGAGAAGUUCAUUCUCCGAGUGCAGACGGAUCUGAGUGGAGAAUUGCGCGCCAAGAUUAUCACGGUGAUCACGAUCGACGUGCACGGUCGCGAUGUCGUAGAAUCUUUCGUCACAAAGAAAAUCCUGGAUUUAUGAAGAUAAGUAGCUAGAGUAUAAGCUAGAAGAACUAAAUAUGAGAGCCGAUUUUUCACCAUCUUGAGCCGCAUUUGAUCUAGCUACAGUACUAGUCUACAGACUUAAUCAAAUUCUACAGGAGACAGCACUCUAGUGAAAAAUUCACUCUCAUACUACAACACGGAGGGAAUACAUGACAUGGCAUAAGAAUAAGUACUAACUCCUGUUGCCGGAUGUUGGAGCUUUCGUUUUGAAGAAGAUUGAGAUUCAAGAUUCUUGCUGCUGUCGUGAUAAGUCCUUUGAAUGUGAUGCGUUGGAUGAUUUUCCCAAUCGCAAAAAUCCCCAAUCGCCACAUACCUCCUCUAGUAUCUUCCUCUAACUCGCGCUGCUGCAUUCCAAUGGCAGUCACAGUUGAAGUUCUACCUCGGCUCGAAACCUGCGUCCCCAGCGGGUCUGGUUUCGCUGACUCCGGAUGAGCUGAAGACUUGCUACGUGAAGAUUUGUGACUGGGUGACCAUCUACCUGUACGAAUACGUGGGUAACUGCGGUCGUUUGGUGAUCACGCCGUUGACGGAUCGCUGCUACAUUACUCUGUCGCAGGCGCUUAACCUGACGCUCGGUGGCGCUCCGGCUGGCCCGGCCGGAACCGGAAAGACCGAGACGACGAAGGAUUUGUCGCGUGCCCUUGGUCUGCCCAUCGUGGUGUUCAACUGCUCCGAUCAGAUGAGUUACCUGACCACAGCGAACAUCUUCAUGGGUCUCGCCCAAGUCGGUGCCUGGGGUUGCUUCGAUGAGUUCAACCGUAUCAGUAUCGAGGUGCUGUCGGUGGUGUCAACCCAGUACAAGGCGAUCUUGGAUGCGAUUCGUGAAAACGUGAAGACCUUCCUCUUCAUGGAUGAGGAGAUCAAACUGAUUUCCACCAUUGGUGCAUUUAUUUUACGGCGCGUCAGUAUGAAAAUGCAGCAUCUUUUAUUACAGGAUGAAAUGAGCUAAAAUCAAAAGUAUCAAAAGCUCCUUCAUCUCUAGGCUAGAGCUCUUCUAGCGGAUCUUCUAAUCUCCACCAUGAACCCGGGUUACGCUGGACGUACGGAGUUGCCGGAGAAUCUAAAGGCCCUCUUCCGCUCUUGCGCUAUGAUCGUGCCGGAUCUUACCUUCAUCUGCGAGAACAUGUUGAUGAGUGAAGGUUUCGUGAUCGCGCGACCGUUGUCGCGUAAGUUCGUCACCCUGUACGGCCUGUCGGCGGCGCUCCUGUCGAAACAGAUGCACUACGAUUGGGGUCUGCGUGCCGUGAAGUCGCUGCUGCGUCAGGCGGGUAAGCUGAAGCGAAAGGAACCGGAUGCGGACGAGAAUCCGGUGUUGUGCCGUGCCCUUCGUGACUUCAACACUCCGAAGAUCACGACACAGGAUAUGCCGGUCUUCUUGCGCUUGAUCAAGGAUCUGUUUACAGGAGUGUGGCCGGAUCCCUUCGUAGAUGUCGAGUUCACCAAGGUGUGCGCCGGCGUUAUCAAGAAGCGUGGCUUGCAGGCGGAUCAGGCGUUCACGGUCAAGGUCGUCGGCUUGCUCGAUAUCCUGUUCGUGCGCCAUUGCUGCUUCAUUAUUGGCCCUGGCGGUUGCUCCAAGACCGAGGUCUGGAAGUCGCUGAUGGCCUCUGUGAAAGAGAUCGGCCAGGACGGUCUGUGGGAACAGGUGAACCCGAAGGCCAUCACGUCCGACGAGUUGUACGGUCAGAUGUCCAAGACCAAGGAGUGGAAGGACGGUGCUAUUGCGGUUAUCUUCCGAAACAUGUCCAAGGAAAUGAAUUUAUGGCUCUCAGCACAAACAUCAAAUAACUUACUGUAAAAUACUUACAAUGAAUACCGGUAGCUACGGAAAGAAUCCAAUUCUUUCGUCUUCAGACGGAAGCAUCUUGAAGCAGUGCCUGAACAAGCUGUUUCAUAUUACCUUUAGGUUUCGACAGAAGUACCCUGUUCUUGAAGCUGCAGUUUCAUAGGAAAGUAGAGGCAAAUAGUUGUAGAUGUGCAUCUUAAGAUAGACCACUUGUAAGGCUGAGCUGCUCUAAUACAGGGAUACAAGCCUUCGCAUCAGCACAGGUGGGUCAUCCUGGAUGGAGAUAUCGAUGCCGAAUGGAUCGAAUCCAUGAACACUGUGAUGGACGACAACAAGGUGUUGUUAUGGCGAAUCAUCAGGUUUGUAGAUAUUGUCAGGGUGUCUGUUAACCGAAUCUUGUCACGCUAGAAGUGGUUCUUUCUCACAAAAACGUGUUAUCAUGAUACUUAAGUAAAGGAAGAUCUUUUAUUUCAAGACGUCAAUAUAGAAUUUUUGCAAUCAAAUUUCUACCACUUUUUUUUUCGAUAUAAAAGUCGCGCUUGACAUAAAGUUGUACUUAAGUAGAUGUAGUAAGUAUUCUCUCGAUUUUAAUUCACCACCACCACCUCUUCCCCCUCCUCUUCCUCUUCCUCCUCCUCCUCCUCCUCCUGUUCCCCCUCUAACCUGUACCUUGGUGUCCAACGAACGUAUCGCUUUCGCUCCUACAAUGCGCAUGCUGCUUGAGAUUGAGAACAUGAAGCACGCGUCCCCAGCUACAGUGAGCCGUGGAGGUGUUCUGUUCAUCAACGAGACCGAUGUCGGUUGGAAGCCGUUUAUUUAUGCAUUGGAAGUUGACCUAUUAUCUAGAAGAUGUCGCAUCUCUACUAUGGCCUCCUCAAGUAGGAAAUAGCCUCUUAGAGAUGCGAGCUGGAGAGGUCAAGUUUCAACCCCUAACGGAUGGAGUCCUGGAGGGAGAACUUGGACCAAGUAGCCCAGUCUACGUUCUACCUCCUGUUCGCGAACUACUUCGAGGCCAAUAUCGACGCGAUCCGCAAGAUGUUCAACUUUGCGUGCACCGCCAUUUUGGACAUGGCCUUCAUCCAGACAAUCACCUGCAUCGUGGACGCUUUGUUGAACAACAAUACCAAGGAAGCAACAGAAGCACUGCGUCAAAUGAGCGUCGACGACCAAAAAUUGGUCUACGAAGCCUACUUUAUCUUCGCAAUGAACUGGGCUAUCGGUGGCUCCGUUGCAGAUGAUAAGGUGGUCAACUACCGCAAGAGUUGGGCUGGAUAUUGGAAGUCAAUUUUAUGAUGAACUAAAGAUCAAAAUCAAAUUUUUUUCAUAUGUUGAUCGUCUUUUCUUAGUCAAUACCUGGACCUGCUUAAUAUGGUAUUACUUAAUUUGCUCGUGGUCGUCACGAGAACAAAUUCUUUGCUUGUAAUUGAAUCACCUAAAAUUAUUCAAAAAAAAAGAAUAUCGUCCUCUAAUCCUUGCGAAGGUGAAGUAUCCGGAGGCAGGUGCCCCCGAUGACUACAUCUUUGAUACCGCGAACAAAGAGUGGGUGCACUGGGAGAACUUCGUGAAGCCGUACGAGCCGAUUCCUGGCAUCGAGGUGAUGUACCAAAACAUUGUUGUCUCUGGUGUCGACAUCGAGAAGUUUAAGGCUCCCGCUGAAGGAUCCUCCGCUUCAUCCUUGGCGGCCUCUUUUUCAAAUGGAAAAAGGGCAGCACAGAGAACAAAAAAUGGGCCCCUCAAGAAGAAAUAAAUGCGCCCCUCAAGGAACAGGAAAAAUUCUCUUCUCAGGAAAAAUUCAAACGCGCCCCCCCCCCAGAACCAGGAAAAAAGGAAAAAUUAAAAUUCUAAGAAGAACAAAUAUGUGCUCGAUUUGCACAUGCAGCGCAUCAAGCCGGUUCUCUUCGUCGGUGUCCCGGGUACGGGUAAGACAACCAUCGUGAAGGAUUACCUGGUGGAGGCGAAGAUCAAGCGGGACGAUUUGAUGUCCACCACAAUCUGUAACAACAGUUACACAUCCUCUGCGGCCCUGCAAGCCAUUCUGGUCGGUUCCCUGGACAAGCGCACCGGUCGAACCUACGGUCCGCCAAACAACAAGAAGUAAACUUUCUUAGACUCAUGUAGACUUAAUAACUAUUUACUUAUAACUAAGUACAUGCUCAGUACUUUCUUAGACUCAUUUAGACUUAAUAACUAGAAGAAGUUGAUCAAUUCAAUAGGAACAAUAGUUGUUCUUCUAAGAAUUUUUAAGAGCUUGUUAUUACUUGAGAAGUCCUCCAUGAAUGAAGAAUAUACGACUUCAUCCAUCACCUUCUAUAAGAUUCUUCUUAACGCCAGGUGAACAUGCCUGUUAUUCAUUCUGAUCGUAUUAUCAAAUCGCACUUGUUCAUCUCAGGUGCAUCUUCUUCGUUGAUGAUUUGAACAUGCCUGCGAUGGACAAGUACGAUACCCAGUCUGCAGCGAUGUUGAUCCUGCAGAUGUUCUCGUACUCGCAGAUCUAUGACCGAGACGACUUCUCCAUCAAGAAGGACUUGGUCGACAUCCAAUUCGUCUCCUGUAUGAACCCCAAGGCAGGUGCGUUCAUGGUUAACGACCGUCUGCAGCGCCACUACACUUACGGUUCUUUGUUCUAUUCCACCUCCUGCCGAAGCAUCUUAGUAGAGACGUUUUCAACUACGGGAAAACAGUCGCAGGAUGGCCUCGGAGAUGGACUUGUUGAGGUUGGGCUCUAAUGCGCGGUCCUGAGUACCUUCUUGCCGACCGCGGACUCCAUCAAGGGCGUCUACGGCCCGAUCGUGGAGACGCACCUCGCAAGCUUCCCGCCAAACAUCAAGGCUCUAGCCCCGAUGCUUGUGAUGAGCACUGUCGACACGCUGACCCAGAUUCUGAACACGCCAGCAUUCUUGUUAAGGCUCACGAUUUAAUUCAUCUUCAGCUUCACUGAGUAGGUACUUGAUGUCUCAGCUUCCUUGUUAUUCUUGGAUUCUGAGACCAAGAACGUAGAAAAUGUCAUUCAAUUUUCAAGAUGAACGUAAAAAACGUUUUCAAAAUGAAUUAUUGUAAGCGCCGCUCGCUAAUUUUCCCGUCCGCUGCGAAGUUCCACUACCAGUUUAACUUGCGAGAUGCGGCGAACAUCUUCCAAGGUAUUCUCACCACAAAGCCAGAGAUGUUCAAGGAUGGACCCGCCAAAAUGGCGCGUUGCUGGUUGCACGAGGCCAACCGUUAAGGCUUUCCCGCCUAAUCCAUCUCUUUCUAUACAUUAGAGUAUACAGUUCUACUCUGAUUAUAUUAGAGUAUAGAUCAUGAUCCCUCAAGAACAGUUGUAUGCCUCUCAAUACAAGGGAGAUAGACACAAGCACAAGGGAGAUACUUAGACACAUAGCUAGCAGGGAUCCCUAGUACUACAGAGAUCAUACACUAGUAUGGGGGAAAGCUCCUUUGGGAACGCUCUAAAGCCGUGUCUUCGGAGAUCGUCUUGUUGGUCCAUCAGAUUUAGCUGCCUUGGACGAAAUUCUCCAGAAAGUCCACGGCAAACACCUAGCAGCCACGGUGCCGAAGUUAAGAAGUGUCGAACUUCUAUCUUCUAGAACACGAAGAUUUCUUGUUGUAACACACUCAUCAGGAGAUCCUGAUCAUGUCAACAGGAUGAUACUUCUGCUUUUUCAUAUAAUUUAUCAUCUCUACUUUAAGUAGUUAUGGAGUAACUUACUAGACUAAGACACCUACAAUCCAGAAAAAUUCAUCAUUCUCUUUAUUUGGACUGAUUUCUUUCACUUUGGCCGAAUGUUCAUCUUUGACUCAGAUGGACAAUAGCAGCUGCAUCUCUGCAGCAAUUGAGUCCAAAAAUACUAUUCUGAGGUUGAUGCCCAUGAGCGAUGACAUUUAUAAGGUUCAAGGUUCAUCUUACAACGAAGUGAUGUUGUAAUUGUAUGUCUUUUCUAAUCCUCGAAGAGAUGUUUGCAGAGCCGUUGAUUUGGACCACGUUUAUGGCGGUUGCUGGUGGAAAUGACAAGGUCUAUUUGCCUGUCAAGGAUAUUGACAGUUUGCGCAUCACCUUGGAGGACCAGCUGAAGCAGUACAAUUAAGGCCCUUGCACCUUGUUGACCCAUAAUCAUCUCCUAAAAGCAUAUACUUAGUCUAUCAUGUACUUAAAAGCAUAAGCAUAUGAUCUAUAAUCUAAGCUUUUCAAGGCGGAAAUAAAGGGGGUAGAUAGGGGGGCCAACGUAUAAAAGAGGUAGGAGAGAAAAAAAUUUGUGUAGGCCAGUUUCUCAAGGGGUACAAAUGCUCACCCGACGAGGGGUACAUAUUUAUAGAUACAAACAGUACAGAUAUGCGAGCCACUAGACUAGAUAGGUGUGAUAUUAUGCGACCUACUAGAUAGCUGUGGAUUAGUGGAUAGGUGCAACCGCUAAUACAACGAGGCGAAUGCUGCGAUGAACUUGGUGCUCUUCGAAGAUGCCAUGAAACACAUCUCGCGGAUCUGCCGUAUCAUCGACUUCCCGUGCGGCCAUGCCUUGCUCGUCGGUGUCGGUGGCAGCGGAAAGCAAUCCCUGUCCUACCUAUCGUGCUUUAUUUAAGGCUUCUUCUUUGCCACAAUGACAGUGAUUGGUACUGAUUCCCAUGUCAACUGAGAAGUCAAGAAGGGGGAAAUUGAAUAUCCUACAAUCUAGUCCUUUCAUCAUCACUUAAAUUUUAAGGCUACUUUGAAGUCAAGGGGAUCUGAUUCCCAUGUCAACUGAGAAGUCAAGAAGGGGAAAAUUAUAUGAAGAAGAUGAAGAAGAAGUACAUUGUCCCAGUUCACUCUGGAGAGAAGAUGAAAAUCCAAGAGAACUACUACCUCACUCUUGGAAGAAGAUGAAGAAGAAGUUAAUCAUCGUCCCCAAAAGAGAAGUAAUACUUACCUAAAUCACAAUUUCUCUACUUACUACCUUGUCCCCAAAAGAGAAGUAAUACUUACCUCCUCUAAUGUGUCCAGCAGAUUACGGUGGUGCGAAUUUUAGUGAACCAGAGCUACGGGAUGAAUGAACUGAAGCUGGACUUGCAGGAGUUCUACAAGAAAGCUGCGGUGAAGCCGGGAACCCCUCAUGCGUUCUUGAUGACCGAUGGCCAGAUCGCAGAUGAAAAAUUCCUCGUGUACUUUAUGGCUUACUUGUUAUAUCCAUUCUUCUUAAUUUAUCACUACUUGCUGUGCUCAAUGAUUUUAGCAAGAUCCAUAACCUAACCUAACCUUAUAUCUAUCCAUUCUUCUUAAUUGAUUGUAUAUCUACAGAAUACUAGACUACUAAACCUUUAACGCAGUCCUCGGGGUAAGUUCUUCUUAAUUGAUUGUUUGAGAGGGCGGUGGCAUAUAAUCCUAACGCAAAAAAAACUCUACGGUGACCAAGAGGGGUCAUAUCAGGGGCACACACAUGACAUGCUGCAUCUUUCCCGUGCCGAGAUGAAGGGAAGAAAUAGGUUACAGAUGCGCUCCGAGAUGAAUAUCUUCGUACUUGAACUUCUAAGUACUUGAACGAUAUGCUUUCUUCCGGUAACAUUCCGGACCUGUUUACCCGUGAAGAGUACGAUGCGCAUCUGGGAAACAUCCGUAACAUGGCGAAGUUAAGGCUUCCCCUAAUGGUCCAUCUUCAGAGAAGGCAUCCUGGAAGAGAACGCGUUUCUUUGCAGGGGGAAAUGCAAGGUCUCAGGAUGCUCCUCAGGAUGGAUUUAACGAUGAGCGCUCUAAUGAAGGCUGCAGGUGUCCCCGAUGACCGCGAUGCGCUCUUCCAAUUCUUCAUCGAUCGAGUGCGUAAAAACCUGCACAUGAUCCUGUGCCACUCGCCAGUUGGUGACGACUUCCGUGUGCGUGGACGUAAGUUCCCGGCUUUGAUUUUAAGGCUCUUCUACUAGUGCUCGUGGUGCCUUUUUUUUAGUUUUACAGUGGGUAGAAAUUCGUAGAACUCAAAAGAGACUCAAGGAAGUCGUAGGUCCAAUCCGAACCCACUAGCAAAUAUUUGUAGAAGAAGAAGGGCAACUUCACGACUUUCACUCACAUUAUCGAGGUAGGCGACUCUUAGAAUUUCGCGAACUACAUUAGAGCGGAAAGUGGACUCAUAGAGCCGCAAGACUCGUAGAACUAUAGACUGUGUAUUAUAGUGUACAACAGUACUUGUUUCAAGUGUCCAGUAGGGGCGCAAAGCACUUGUUUCGUGAAAGUGGCGUCUUAGUUUCUUAGAAGAUUCCUCAUAGUAGAUAGUAAGUGAACACCACUAUAUGAUAUUGAUAUUUUAUUACUUGAUCCCGCCGGUAGGUGCUGCAAACCUACUAGGGAUGCACAGAAUAGAAUAGUUUGUUGUAAUGUUUCUUCUCGUCUAAUGCCUUCCUGUAUGGUCGUGGACGAAUUCAUGCCGUGGCCAAGGGAGGCGCUGCAAGGUGUCGCCAAGCGAUUCUUGGAGCCGCUAGUAGAUACCAACAAUUUCCCGGAUGACGAUAUGAUGUUAAGGCUCUUGUUAAACGGUGUAAACUCCCUAGAAGCUCGUGUCAUCUCUUAGAAGGUGGAAGGAAUUCUACAUAAACUUCUCGUAUCAUCUCUUAGAAGGUCCUGGUGUCCUGGUGUAGAGAAUCAGUGUAUCUUUGACGUGUUUUCAAGGGUCGUAAAAUGGUAAUAAAGUAGAUGAAUAUGAACAACGCUAUGGCAUGGCAAAAAGUUGGAAAGUUUCCUUGCUCCUGUGAAUAAGAAUGUUAUUAUAGAAAUAGAAAGGUCUAAUGGUGAUGGCGGUGUGCGACAACAUGGCCGAGGUGCAUUUGUCCAUCGAUGCGGCGAACACCAAAUUCUUAGCCCAGGAGAGGCGUUACAACUACACAACCCCAAAAUCCUUCUUGGAACUCAUCUCUUUCUACACUUAAGGCUAGGUUAACGGUGUUCCUGUUGUCGCCGUUUGUUUUGUCUCUCCCAAAGAAGAAAGGGAGAACAAACGGGAAACAGAAACACAAUUGAUGCGCGACCUCUAAUACCUUAUCAUGUUGAAGGAUCGCCAGGGGAAGGUCACCGUCAACUUUGAGCGCCUUGAGAAGGGCCUGACGAUCAUGGAACAGGUGCAAGAAAAGGUCGAUGGCCUCAAGGAGGACUUGAAAAUUACCUUAAGGCGUGGACUGAUGAUAUGUAUUCAUCUACUUUCUUGUCUUCUUCACAACAUCAGAGGACUAUUUCUACUAUUUGUCUACUCAGUCAGUUGUUGCCUUGGUCACCUUUCUUACUAUCAGAACUUGUCUCUACGGGUACUAGGAACAGCAUUUUUGCCAUUUGGAGCAUCGUCACGGAUACACCUCUAAUUGCCAUGGUCCAGGUCGAGGAGAAAAAGACCGCAACCAAUGCUUUGAUCGAACAAGUAACCGUGGCCACGGAGAAGGCAAAUGUCGAGAAGGUACUUUAACUUUUUUCAAUGUUGUUGUAUGAAAAAUUAUUAUAUUAUCGAAGUUUUAAGGAGAAGGUUAGUAUUUUUAGUCUAUUUCAUCUAAGAAGGACACCACAUCAACUUGAUUGCAAAAGUGUCCGAGAAGUGGUAAAACACCAGAGCAGGAGACGAGAAGAAGAGGUUGAUGUAGUUCCACCCUCCACGAUCCUCUGAAUGAUAUCCCCUUAUGGCAGUCUGCACUGAACUUUGUGCGAGAUUAAUUGUAUUGCAUAUAAAUCCCCUGAAUGAAGAUAUUCUCCUCCAAGAAACGAUAGGAAUCCUUCCAAUCAUGAUACAGGCUGCGGCAAACGAGGAAGCCGAGAAAACGAACGCCUUGGCGUCUGAUGCAGCUGCUAUUAAGGCACAAGCAGACGGGGAGCUGGGUGAGGCCAUGCCUGCGAUGGAGGCCGCUAAAGAUUAUGGCUAGAUCACGAAGCCAGUAGUUAUACUAUUUGAACGAGUCUUCAUGUCUGUUGGUUUUUCUAGAAAACAAUGUUUUUUAUGCGGCAUGAUCUAUACUUGUAGUUUCUAUAGUUGUGUGUACUAUAGUUUUUCUCUAAUGUGAGGCCGUGAACUGUCUGACGAAGCCGGCGAUUCAGGAGUUGAAAUCUUUGGGUAAGCCACCAGUCGAAUGUAUCGAUGUAUGCGCUGCCUGCGCUUUCUUGCUGAAGGGAGAAAAAAAGAAAUUGGACUGGAAGGUGAUUACUCUACUAAAAUUCUUGAUGUUAAAUAAGGACAAGUAGUUGUUGUAGAGAAGUUCUUGUACAAGUUUUAAUAGUACAAGUUGUACCCAGGACAAAUCGAACUCACAGUAACAACAACUCAAAUUCAAUCUACCCUUACCUCAACAACAGGGCGCCCAGAAGAUGAUGAACAAUCCUGGUGCGUUUUUGGAUGAGAUUUUUGCAUUCGAUGCGAAUAACAUUCCCGAGGAGAGUCUGAAGAAUGUUCAGCCGGUGAUCGACCAACCCUUCUUCACGUACGAUGUGAUGAAGUUAAGACUUAUAUAGUGCUACAGUGAGUAAUUCAUCUUCAGUCUUCUCGAAGCAUCUUUGUCGUUGAGGAGAUACUACAGUGAGUAAUUCAUCUUAUGUAUCUACCGGGAUGAUUAUUUUUUCCCCCAUCCUUAACGGGUCAACAUCCUGGCACUCACUUCAAGGGGAAAAACUGCCAGGAUGGUCUGCCCCUAGAGGGGAGAAAAAACAACAUCCAUAAAGUGUAGGAGGACCCCUUUCCAUCAAAGUUCUUGAGGGCGAGUAGCAAACGCGUGAAAGUAGAUGCUUCUCAAGAUCAUGAACUACAAUUUCUACGUAGUUGGCAAUAUCAAUAAAUGUUAGUAGAGGACUCGUCCUCUAACAAAAGGUAAGUCCACCGCCGCUGCGUACCUGACCAACUGGGUCGUUAACAUUGUCGCCUACAACAAAAUCUACAAGAAAGUCGCACCGUUGAUGGAGAAGGUACGAGUCGCAACCGAAACGAAGGAGAAGGCCGAAGCGGCUUUGGCGAUUGUGCUGGCACGUGUGAAAGAGGUGCAGGACCAAGUGGAUACUUAUGGACGACACUGUCACAAGGCUAUUAUUCACUUCAUCUUAGUCGAGACAGCAGACUACUCUACUGAGGAGAGCUUAGAUUGAGUAUUGCUUAGUAGUACAGUCACUGAGGAGACUACUCUACUGAGGAGACCUUAGAUUGAGUAUUACUUAGAAGUAGUACAUUCUAAUCUUCGCUGAACAAGACCUUGAAUGACGCUGUUGCCGAGAAAGAGGCAGUCGAGGCACAGGCCGCUGCUUGCCUCGAGAAGCUAGGACUGGCAGAGCGUUUGGUGAACGGGUUGGCCGACGAGUACAAGCGUUGGACCGAGACCGUGAAGAGCCUGAAGGAAUUGGGUCUGCUUCUGAUUGGUGACUGCCUACUUGCGUCCGAGUUCGUCGGCUACAUUUCGCCUUUCAACAGCACGUUCCGGUUGCAACUAUGGAAAUACCAAUGGAUCCCAGACAUCGAGCAGCGCAAGAUCCCCAUCUCGAAGGGAGUCGACCCGUUGAGCGUGCUCACAACGCAGGCAGAAAUGGCUGGCUGGGCCAACGAGGGAUUGCCAGCAGAUCGCGUCUCGCUCGAAAACGCCGCCGUGCUGGUGUCCUGUGCCCGAUGGCCGCUGAUGAUCGAUCCCCAGCUGCAGGGUGUCAAGUGGAUCAAGCAACGAUACUUAUGACCACUGGAAGCUACUUACUUCCGACCUUAUAUAUAACGUUAUAAUAGUUCUUUAAUGAACUUUUGAAGUUUGAUAAUUACCUUGAGAUAGUAAGUAGUAGCUACAGUGUCUUUUUCUAAUAUAUGGUGAAGAAUUGUCCGUCAUCCAGCUCACGCAGAACAACUGGCUCAACAAAGUGGUGUACACGAUUUCUAUGGGUCUCACCCUUUUGAUUGAGGCCAUCGGUUCCGAGAUCGACGCCAUCUUUAAGGCUAGUUUAUCACUAUCCCCUGUGGAUUAUGCUGAGUGGACGAGUCCGUCUUGAUUUAAAGGGUAAAAUAACGGGAGACUGACACGGCGUCGCACUCAACCAGGGAUCAUAGUGAAAAACUAGCGCUAACAUCUUGGAGCCCCUGCUUGGUCGUGCCAUCAUCAGGCGCGGGCGCAACCAGUUUAUCAUCAAGCUCGGUGGUGAGGAGAUUGAGUACGAUCCGAAAUUCAAGCUCUUCAUUCAGUCCAAGCUCGCGAAUCCGCACUACCGACCGGAGAUUUCGGCCCAGUGCACGAUCAUCAACUUCAUCGUCACCCCAAGCGGUUUGGAGGAUCAGUUAAGGGUUGAAACAUUUCAUUUGAAAUACAUGUUUUUGUCCCUUGUUAGGCGUCUGAUCACAACUACCUUCGAGCUGUGGUUUCUCUUCAAGUUCAAAAAUCAGGGACUUCUACGGACAACUCUCUAAACACAUAUACUUUAAAAAUGAAAUGCUUGUUCAGCCUUUAAGUCAGAUUUUGGCGAUCAUCGUGAACAUCGAGAAACCGGAGUUGGAACAAACCAAGCAGGAGUUGGUCCGUAAGCAGAACGAAUUCAAGGUGACCCUGUCGCAAUUGGAGGACGAUCUGUUGGCCCAGCUCUCUGCCGCCGAUCCGUCAACCAUCUUGGAAAACAUUGCGCUUAUCCUAUGGCUUCUUGCAGCUUCAUCUCUUGUUCUGGUCUCUUAUUCUUGUUAGUUUUGUUAUAAGUACUCCGGUUUUGAAGUACAUUUUUCUCUCUUGAAGAACGUCCUGAGCACUAUAGCCUACUAGAACUAGCCUACAACUGCUGAAGACGAGCACGAGCAGUGAGGGCAUUAUUUUGUAACAGGUACACUUCUCAUCUUCUAAUCCGGGAAGGUCUGGAAGUUACCAAAGCCACUUCAGCCGAGAUUAACGAGCAGGUGAAGAUUGCCAACGCGACGGAGGAGAAGAUCAACCAGUCUCGUGAACUGUAUCGUCCGGCAGCUGCCGAGAGUUCCAUGCUCUUCUUCUUGAUCAUCCAGUUGUGCUUCGUGGAACACAUGUAUCAGUAUUCGUUAGACGCUUUCCGCACCUUCAUGGAGAAAGCCAUCGACAAAGCCGAACAAAGCGACGACACGAAGAUCCGUGCUGAGCAUCUCAUCGUUUCAAUUCGAAUGGUCAUCUUCCGAUGGGUGAACCGAGGGCUCUUCGAACGCCACAAACUCAUCUUCUGCGCCCUUCUCGCCUUCCAGCUCUUUGCGAAGGGGCAAUUCGCGGAAAGCUACAACCCUGUUUUUGUUAUGCCAACUGUGUUGCAAAGAAAAAUCUGACAGGGAAAAGUACUAAAGGUAAAACAUUGCUUUUCUUUUUAGAAGGUACAAUGUGACUGAAGUGCCUCACAUCCACUUGGCCAUGUGGUAAAAGAGGGCACGUGACAUGACAGAGUAUGUAGAGAGUAGAAAAUUACUAGAGAGUUGUUGUAAAGUACUGUUGUUUUCUAAUGUUUUUGACUUUCUGCUGAAGGGACCGAUGAAACCAGGUAUCGAGAACCCGAUCGCCGACUGGCUGCCAAAUACGGCUUGGUUCGCGGUGAACAAACUCGUUGACCUUGAGGGCUUCGAAUCGUUCGCGCAGAAUAUGUUAAGGCUACCUCGCUAAAGCAUCCUUCCCCCUACAUGAUGUUGAUCCACAACCUUGGCUCUUUUUCAUCUACGUGAAAAAGAAAACAAUUUUUCAACAGGGACAUCGGAUCAUUCUCGUCUCAAAGAGGUGGAAGAUAAAUACCCAAGAACGAGGACGAGAGGAAGCUCGCAUCAGCUCUAAACAUAGAGAAAGACGCUCCCAACCGCUUCAAGGAGUGGUGCAACGAAUUGGCGCCGGAAGACGCCAAAUUGCCGCUGGAUUGGAAGAAACUAGAACAGACGCCAUUCCAGAAACUGCUUGUUCUUCGUUGUCUCCGGCCGGAUCGUAUGACGGGUGCCUUGACGACGUGGAUCCUGAACGCACUGCCGAGUGGUCGAGAGUACGUGUUCUGUGACGGAAGUUCGAGUUUCUUCACGGUGUUGAGCAACUCGUUUGAGGACUCCACCAACACGGUGCCGAUCUUCUUCAUUCUCUCGCAGGGUGCGGAUCCAGUGAAGGAGGUCGAAGCCAUGGGUCGAAAGACCAUCGGACUGCAGGUACUUAUAAUUGUAGAUUUACCUGCAAAAGACAUAAUGCAUUAGAACUAAGUUGGAAAUGGUUGGAAAUGGCUGAGCUUCUCUUGGUACCAAGAUAUAUUACCCCACGAAUGGGUACACUACUACUACUACUGACCUGAGGAAAAAGGAUUCUUGGAGAUUCUUUCUACGGCAGAUGCGGGGGUUAGCAUAAAAAUAGUUUACUAUGACCUACAAAAAAUUAGUCCUCUCAUCAUCUCUCAUCAUCCCAGGCUUUUCUUUUUAUUACUUUUCCUAGUUAGGUUGGCUCCAACGGUUUUAUGCAGGGGUUAGUAUAGCACUCUAUGACCUACAAUCUAGUCCUCUCAUCAUCAUCAUCAUCUGCAGAUGAAAAUCAUUGUGUUGCUGAUGAAAAUAGAGGAUCUUAUCUUGGAGAUUCUUUCUGCUAGAUCAAUCUAGGGAAAAGUAGAUCUCCCAUUAGCAUGAAAAUGAAGUUCCCAGUACUAUUAUUUUGAAGAUUUCUCAUAGUACUGGGAACUUCAAUUUUAUGCUAAAAAGUACACUGGAGAUGGUGGAAAGAAUGGCCAACUUCUCUCCUUCUACGAAAAAUUGACUACCUUCUCUCAACUACCUAACUUCUCUCCUUCUACGAAAAAUUGACUACCUUCUCUGAACUACCUUUCCUGCUGACCACUACCUUCUCUAUCAGGCCAACGUGAACUACCACAACGUUGCCAUGGGCCAGGGUCAGGACGUUGUUGCUAUGGCUAAGCUAGACCUCGGCCACAAAGAGGGACACUGGGUCAUGUUGCAGAAUGUGCACUUGAUGCCUUCUUGGUGCCGACAACUCGAGAAGCAGAUGGACAACAUGGCCAUCGAGGGAUCGCACCCCAACUUCCGUCUCUUCCUAUCUGCCGAUCCGUCCAAGGGUAUUCCCAUCGGUAUCCUGGAUCGAUCGAUUAAGUUGACGAACUUAUGGCUUGUCCUAGUUCUUUUGUCCUUCUCGUCUGUGACUGACGGUUAAUAUCUACUCGCGUAGGACAGUUCUUUUGUCCUUACUCUGUCCUAGUUCUUUUGUCUACUCGCGUAGAACAGUUCUUUUGUCCUUACUCUGUCCUAGUUCUUUUGUCCUACUCGCGAGUAACAGACGAGAAUAUUAACCGAGAUACUUCUGAACAAGGAAGAGUAGCCUUGAUGUUAAGCUACCUCCCUUAUUUCAGUCAGUAACUACUCGGUGAGGCAUCCACUCUGGAGACGGUGAGGCUUUCCAAGGGUUUAGGGUUUAGGGGUCCAACGAAAAGAUGUCUUCCUCUUCCAGCCAAGUAGAAGAACCCUUCUAACCAAGGAACCGCCACAGGGAUUGCAGGCCAACUUGCGACGUGCCUUCGCGCUCUUCUCGAAAGAUUAAGGCUGAAAAAGAAUCAGAUUCAGAGUUCAAGUUCAAUUGUAGCACUGUAUUAAUUUGUCGAAGACUUCCUCUGAAGAAGCAUCUUCUUGCUGUUGUUGUGGAUGAAGACAUUUUUUUUUUUUGACUUCUUCACUCUCUAAUCCUUGGACUUCGAAGACCGUGAUACUAAAGUGAAGGCCAUUCUCUUCGGAUUGUGCCACUUCCACGCGAUCAUGCUCGAACGCAAGAAGUUCGGGCCCAUGGGGUACAACAUGAUGUAUCCGUUCUCGAAUUAUGGCAAAAUUUUGUGGAUAUUCUCCUUAGAAAAAUGUCUCCUUGACGAUUGCAGCAGUGACAAGUGGAUUAAUAGAAUAGUUCUUUCCCAAACGCAUACAUUUUAGCAGUACGUUAUUCAGCAGUAGUACUACAACGUUUACAAUACCCACUAUCAUGGUUAACUAAUAAUAGUAGUUACCAUAGUACCCACUGAGUUUACAAUUGUUUACUAUUGGCGAUAAUUGUUAGUUUUGCUUUCAACACUGUCAACGAUCUACGAGCUGUGAUUAUGAGUUACUCUGCAGGUUAGUCAUAGGGAACGAUGUCAUGCUCAAUGAUGUCACGAUUUCUUUUACACCAAAGAAUAAAGUAGAUCAAGAAGAGAGCAAUGUUAAUACCCCUCCUACGCCUGAUAAGGAUCAAAUAAAUAGCGACCUCUAAUCCCUCGGUGAUUUGCGCGAUUCGGCCUCCGUGCUCUACAACUACCUGGAAGGGUCUUCUUCUGCAAAGAUCCCAUGGGAGGAUCUCAGGUUAGCGUUGUUGCUUUGUUAAUAGCGUUCUAGUUCUCGAACUACAGAUUGAACCUGAAGAAAAACUGAAGUAGGAUGACGACGAUUUAGAGAAAGAAGAUGCAGUUAUAUAUAAGGUAGAACUAGAACCAACUACAACAUGCACCAGAGAUUAUAACGUAGAACAUCAAAGAGGAUAACAGUGUCUGUGUAGAUGUUGACAAAUGAGAGUAUCUAUGAACAAAUGCCCAGGAGCUAAACACAAACAUCUCCCAUCCUUCGGCGAGAUUGUUUCCUAUGACAAACAUCUCCCAUCUUACUUUCUAUGCCGAACAUUUCCCAUCCUUCAUCUCCCAUCACUACUUUACAACAGGUACAUCUUCGGCGAGAUUAUGUAUGGCGGACAUAUUGUGGAUGACAUGGACCGUAAGCUCUGCGCUACCUACCUCGCGUACUUCAUGCGGGAUGAGAUCUUGGAUGAGAUGCAACUCAUUCCGUACUGCGACAACAAGAUGGUUUGGUUCACCCCACCAGCAGGAACACCACACGAGAAGGUGGUGGAACAUCUGGAGACUUAUGAUAAAUAUUUCGUGUGUCGUCUUUGUCAUACUUUUCUCCAUACUGUUGAGUAUGAUUAUCAUCUUGUCAUCUCUUGCGGUGGCAGCAGGUGAUGCUACUCAUAUCAACCACUAUCACGUGCUGUUCAUGAAGCCUUUCGCAGGUUCUUCUCUACAGAAUGCUUGCGUGCGUGUUUAUCCGCACGUGAAAGCAAUAACAUAAACAUACUGCGUAAUUAUUGUGUAUGUGUUGCCAUAGUAGGAACCCCUUAAUGUCAUUACUACUCUCGGUCGAAAGGAGACUUCUAAUGUAACAUACUUAUUGCGCAUGUGUUCGUGUUGUUUUCAGUAGUUUUGGUGUUACUCUUCUUGAAUCUUCCGCUGAAUGCAUUUUGUGGGUUUUCGUUUUCUUCUUUAAAUGCAUGCUGCGUUUUACUACAGUAUAUCGCCUUUUUGAGUUUAAUCCAAACGCUUUUAGGUGAUGAACAAGUCGUCUAGAAAAUAGCUACAACAAAAAGCAGCAUGAUAUAUUAUGUACAACCUGAAUAUGUGAUUGCCGAUAUGCCAAUACCCAAAUUCCUUCUAAUACCGAAUGCCGCCAGAAUCUCCCUUGUUCUACGGUAUGCACCCGAACGCCGAGAUCGGUUUCCGUACAACACUUAAGGCUUCCCCUAAUCUUGAUGAAUAACGGUAGAUCCUUUUUCGGCGUUUUCAUAGUCGUGAAUGCUCACCUCCCUGGGGCGGGCUAAUUCCUAAUGUACUAUCUCAAAUGUACUAUCUCAAAAGUUUAUUUCAAGGGGAACAAAAGAAUGAUGUCUUAGGGGUGUUAGAGGAUGUCUUAGGAGGCAUCUUUGGCGUGCUUUGAGCGGGAAAACAACCGUUGGCGUACUCUUCUAAUAUUCAGUGUAACAUCAUGUUCGAGACCUUGCAAAAUUUGCGACCGAAAGACGACGCUGCUGAAGGAGAGGGGGCUGGCGCUUCACCCACCCAAAUCGCAGAAACCAUGUGUAAUGAAAUCUUCGAAGAGAUCAAAGAUUAUGGCAUCAACGAUAAGAUAAGGAGUCGGGGAAGUGAGUGCACGGAUAUAAAUGCCAAUCGUAGAAGUAUCUUCAACUAUGUUUGAAGACUUUUAACAAUGUGUGUACUAGAAUGAAGUUCGUUCGUAUAUUACUUGAUCGAUAUUGUGGAGGAAAAGCCUAGUCUGAUAGAGAGCAAAAGCACCAAAUAUUAAGUAAAAAGUAGUCAACCGAGGCCCCUAAAACGCGUGAGGAUUUAGAUGUAACCUACAACUUGAUCUCAGGUCAUCCGCUUUGUAACCCUCCUCUCUCGCGUUGGUGGAAGGAUGAGGAUCAAAUACUGAAGUAAUGCAAUCAGGACACUCACACUUUCCAGUGCGUCCUCUAAUCCCGGAUCAAGUUCGCAGUCGAGGACACAAGCAAGAGCAUGUCUGAAGAGGAGAAGGGACCGUACCAGUUUGUCUUCCUGCAGGAAUGCACCUACAUGAACUCUCUCGUAGGAGAAAUGGCUCGUUCCUUGGGAGAAUUGCAACUCGGUUUCAAGGGUACUGCUAUAUUUUCUUUUCUAUUAUUGUUUCUUGAAAUUCUAAGGUCUACGUACAUGCUUAUUCAUACAACUCGUUUUAAGGGUAGUACUAAUGAAGUUGGAGUUUAUUUUCAAUUUGAUGUAGUUAACAAAAUUCUGAUCCAAAUUGUGAGUAGUAACAAGAUGAAGAUUUCGAUGAUCAUGUAGAUGUAGAAGAUUUGAGAGGUCGUAGUACUUGAAACUUAUAAAGAUCGAUUUUCCUAACCAGUGGGUUCGAUUGUAAAGAACUAUUACAACUAUUAAAUUUUAAUAUCUUAAUCUUGCUGACUCAGGUGCUCUACUACAUCUAAGUUUGAGAUGCUCUCCACAAGAUGACACAUCCACCCAAGAAUGGGUUCAACAUUUGUAAACAAUUAUUUUGAUCAUCGACCUAUUCAGGUGAAUUGCAGAUGAGCGAACAGAUGGAAAGCUUGGCUGACAGUUUAUUCAAGGAAACCAUCGCACCUCGCUGGAUGAAGCUGUCGUAUCCUACCACUCGUGGUCUGGCUGCUUGGUUGAGCAACCUGAAAGAACGAUGCGAGCAGCUAAACGACUGGAUUGGAGACCCGUUGGCCAUCCCGAAGGUCGUCGAUAUCUCCAGGCUGUUUAAUUAAGGCUUGUUAAAACUCAAUCUGUGAAGAAGAAGAUCGCAACUCUUGUUUACUAUUUCAGUGCUUGUAGACGAUAAAAAUAGUGAUGUACACCUUGAAGAAAGAAACAAAAGAGCUCAAUUUCCAUCCCUUUUUAACAUUUUCCUUGCUUGGUUUGAGGAGUCUAGGCAGUCAUGCAUUGAGAGCUAUUGCGCUCGUUGUACGAACUAGGUCGAGUGAAGACUUGAUAAACCCAAGAAUGGCUGGGCACAUCAUAUUCACAAAUGAACUAGUUUCAAACUGAAUCCUCGAACGGGAAACAGCUAAGAACAGCAAUGGAGGAGUAUUUGGUGGUUUACUAGCUUCUGCAGUGGCGGACACAUACGCACACACAUACACACAUACGUUCUUCUAAUCUUCCCCACGUAGUUUCCUGACCGCAAUCAAACAGCUGUGCUGUCAGCAACAGCAGUUGGAGCUGGACAAGCUGGAUAUUUUCACCGAAGUCACCAAGCGCGAGCCAAAGCAGGUGGAUGCUGCCGCACGCGAUGGAUGCUUCGUUAGCGGUUAUGGCUUGCAUAAGUUCAACACUUCCAGAUGAGUGUUCAUAAGUAUGUUGUUUCUCCUGCAACUUUUUCCUAGAAGAUGAAUUCCAGAGUAAAGUUCAACACUUCCAGACGAGUAUUCACCUCCAGUGUAAGUAUUCUAGGUCUGGUCUCUAAGGUUGUCUCUUCCUAGAGGGAGCACGCUGGGACACGUCGACGAACACCUUAGAGGAGAGUAAGCCGAAAGAGAUGUUCUGCAAGAUGCCCGUCAUUUGCUGCAAAGCAGGCCUCGCAUUGGAUCGCGAGGAGAAGAACACUUAUGAGAAUUUUCUCAUAAUUUUUUUUGGUGCAUGAUUUUUGCAUUCGUCUGCAAUAAAUCCUUAUAAAUUCUUAUUUUUCGGCGUUUUCAUAGUCGUGAAUGCUCACCUCCUCGAGGCGAGCCAGCUCCUAGCCUAUCCUGAGAGGAGAUACGAAAACGUAACACAAGUCUCGAGCAAAUAUCUAUCUAGUCUAGAUGAAGUAAAAAUAUCUAUGUCAUUCCCUUCUUCACUAGAAAUCUCUCUCAGCCUUCCCUUGUUCUAGAAGUAUAAUAUAAUCAUUCAAUCACAAGGGGACUAUCCAGGGGACACGACAACUUCUUCACUGUACAAAGACGUCAAGGUUUAUAGGUUCUGGGGAAUGCAACUGUGCUUCAAGCUCUAAAAUUCGUACAUCUGCCCAACCUACUGCACACCGAAACGGCGACCGGACUUCGUCUUUUCUGCGCAACUGCGCACGAAGCAACCGGCGCAAAAGUGGACGCUAGGCGGUGUAGCCAUGAUCUUAGAUAUCGGUAUCACGCUCUAAUAGAAUUCUAGAUCUGGGUUAGUAGAUCCAGUAGUUUUGUAGAUCUGGACGAUUGAUCUAGAUCUACUUUUUUAGAAAGAGAAUAACUACAGGAGAAAAAAAGUGCAACUACUAGCGUACCAGCUCAAGGAGGUGUUGGAACUGCACAAAGAAACGGGAGAUGCCAACUAAGAGAUUCUAAAGAUCCGGGGUAGGGAUAACUAUGCAUCUACAACUAAUUAGAAAGUACGGCAUCUUCAUAGUAUGAAAAGUAGUCAGCUAACACAGUACCGAUCGGCACUUUGUUGACUUUAGGUCUAUGAGGACAACUGAAUACAACCUAAAUUUGAUGACUGCAAAACUACAACUACAACUAGUUAUAUACUUUUUAUACUUAGUCCUCCUCUACUAAAAAUUCUAACUGCGACGUUCAUUUUUGUUUAUCGAACAAAUUUGAUCACUAGUAAGUAUGAUCUUAUUUCUUGUUACCAUCUAACUAUGUCUACGUCUACUAUGAAUUAUAUAAAUAUAUGUGUCUUCUAUGAACAAGACUUCUAUCUUCACAGAACAAGCUAAAAAUAGAUAGAAGUUCUCUCCUUCUCUGAACAGAUUAUUAUUUCGACAUCUACUACAACAUACAGAAGAUAGAAAAGUAAAUCGAAACAAAAAAUGUAAUAUGAACAGACUAAAGUGGAAUAUCAGAACAGAAUUGUAGCAGUCACCAGACUGCUUGAUCCUGGUGAGCUUUCGUGAAGUUGGAAGUAAAGUAUUAAGGCAAGAUGACGUACUACUGGACAAAAGUAGUUGUGCUUCUAGACUUGAUUCAAAUUCAAUUCAACUUCCUGAUGUUGAUAGGUCUACGACAGAGACAAUGAGUGAAUAGCAUUCAAGGAUAAUGAUCGUAAUCAAGAGGGAUAUUACUAAAUGUUGAUCUUAAUCAAAAACGAUAGAAGUACUUGAUUCCCACUGCUACUAGUACUCAAUGCAGCCGACUACUUCGAACUAGAAGUAGUAGAUCACUGCGCCUUUACUGGAAAGUACUCUACUAUGAUGUACGCAAAAUGAUCCUCUUGAAGCAUGAUUCAUCCCAGUUUGCUAGACAUUGAUGUCGCAGUCAUUACCAUGAUUGAUGAUGAGCUUAUGCUUGACGCCAAGCGUCGAGCGUCAUUCUUGCUGAAGAGAAAGACCGCCUUUUAUCUACUUCUGGAGAAAACUUACUACUGCUCCGAUGGAAGGAGUAGUUGAACAAGGCAAAGUACUGAAAAUGAAUAUAAAUCUGUGUAUAGAAUGUUUGUGAACGGCGCACCUCUCCUUGGAUGACUGAAGAAAGGAUGACGGACA